AGGCUUUAUAGUGGGGUAUCUACAGUAUCUUUUUGGCGGUGAAUAAUGGCAGAAUAACAUUUUCCACCAAAUUUCCAAACUUUUUCGUUAUCGAUUUUCGAGAAAUCUGAAUUAGAAAACUUAUCAUCAUUCAAAGCCAUACAACUUCACACAAGAUGGCAAACCAUAUCACAAAACCAAAGAAAGCCAAGUCCAAGCGGACACCCGUCCGUUUACGGCACAAGAUCGAAAAAGCCUCCGCCGCAAAGCAGCGCAAGUCCAGAAAGGAAGCAAAGAAGAACCCACAAUGGAAGUCGAAGCUGAAGAAGGAUCCCGGUAUUCCCAACCUAUUUCCUUACAAGGAGAAGAUCCUUCAUGAGAUUGAAGAAGCCCGACGAAAGAAGCAAGAGGAAUUGCAACGACGAAAGGAGUUAGCCAAAGCCGCAAAGUCGGGCGCUGUCACAAAUGAGGCCGAGAACGACGAGUCAGCUUUGAACGGCGCAGAAGAAGAUGGCUUUGAUGGGUUUACGGACGAUGACGAUGCGAUGGACGAGGGUGAAGAUGCAGAUGUGGACGACAGCACCAAUCCCAUGGCGGCACUUAUAGCGAGCGCAAGAGCUGCCGCUGAGAAGUAUGAUCGCGAAUUACAGAGCGGAGAUGAGAUGGAAGAGGAUGAUUCAUCUGACGACGAUGCUGAUUCCGAAGGUGGCGCUGAACUGCGCGUUCAGGGUUCCUCGCGGAAGGCGCAUGACAAAGUCUUCAAGCAGGUGGUGGAUCAAGCGGACGUUGUACUCUACGUCCUAGAUGCGAGAGAUCCGGAAGGCACUAGAUCAAGAGAGGUCGAGCGAAUGGUGAUGGCUGCCGCAAGUGGUGGAAAGAGGUUAAUACUUGUGCUUAACAAGAUUGACUUGGUUCCUCCGCCUGUUCUCAAAGCUUGGCUCAUUCAUCUACGACGAUACUUCCCUACGCUCCCAUUACGCGCUUCUGGAUCCGCUCCCAAUGCGCAAACCUUCAACCAUCGCGAUCUUACCGUCCAGAGCACUUCUUCCACCCUCUUUAAAUCUCUGAAGUCUUUUGCUGCCUCCAAACAGCUAAAGCGCGCGAUAUCAGUCGGCGUCAUCGGAUACCCCAACGUUGGAAAGUCUUCUGUUAUCAAUGCGCUUCUUUCGAGAUUAGGUGGCCGAGGAGGCGCGGCGGCUUGUCCCGCAGGUGCCGAAGCAGGAGUUACCACAAGCAUUCGCGCUGUCAAGAUUGAUAGCAAACUGACUCUUCUCGACUCCCCCGGUAUUGUCUUCCCCUCAGCGCCAGAGGGCGAGUCUGCCGCAAAGAAGGCUGUUGAGGCCCAUGCUCACCUCAUUCUUCUGAAUGCCAUACCGCCAAGGCAAAUCGAAGACCCAAUCCCCGCCGUCACAUUGCUUCUCAAACGCUUAUCGGCUUCGCCCGAACUAUUCCAGAAGCUGAUGGACGUUUACGAUCUUCCCCCACUAUUGUCGACGCUUAGCGGCGAUUCCACGACGGAUUUCCUUGUACAAGUAGCGCGUAAGCGAGGCAGACUCGGACGCGGUGGCGUGCCGAAUCUUACUGCGGCGGGUAUGACAGUAGUGACGGAUUGGCGAGACGGUCGCAUCCAAGGCUGGGUUGAUGCUCCCGUACUACCGGUCGCAACCGAGAUAUCUAGUACGGGCGACGAAGCUAGCCAAGGCGCGAUACCAGACCAGAAGGAGAUCGUGACAGAAUGGGCCAAGGAGUUCAAGCUUGAAGGCUUAUGGGGCGAUGAUGGGGAGGAUGCGAAGUCGGGCGACGCUAUGGUACAGUGAUGUGGUCAGUCACAAAGGUAUCGAUGUUUCGGGAUGGGGAUUGAUACACAUUUCUCUGCAGCUCUGGGUAGGAGUUAUAGGUGGGGAAAACGAAAGGCAUUCAAGCAAGUCGUGCCAUUCUUUGGUUUUGAUAGUAAUGAAGUCAUUUCAUGCAAUCAUUCUGACUACUUGCUCAAUAUUCUACAGCAUCCAAGAAGCCAUAUACGGGAUUCCAAAGCCUAGGGGCAUCCCUGGAUCGUAUAUAUUCAUAUGGAUAAAUGUGGUACCCAUGAGACCUCUAUUUACCUUAUAUUACGCCGUAGGGAUCUUGUGAAUAGCACCAAAACGUCGAUUACAUACUAUUCAGGUACCUAUGAAUGUGGCUUCCAUGACUCUCACUCCUAGCCAUCUGUAUGUAAUACGGCUCCCGCUGCAUCACAAACCACAUACUAUGCCAUGCUAGAGAAUCGCAACAAUAGGU